UUUCUUGAAUGAAUGCCUAAACAUGUUUUUGAUUCUUGUGAUGAUGCUUUUACAAUUAGGAUUCCCAGUGACUGCAAGAAGUAAAAGUACCGGGACCCAGCGUGAGAUUAAGAAUGUGAGACUACAUGAGCCGUUUACAUUAAAUUGCACCUACAACUGUUCCAGUGGCUUCACUCGUGGUUACUGGAUAUGGAAAGAAACAUUUGCAUGUAGCAAGUGCCACUGGGAACAAAGAAAUGAUAAAUUAGAAGACAUGUGCAUUGUGAGCUUGUACACACAUUCUCUAAUUAUGGAGCAAACCCGUUAUAACUAUUCAUGCUUGUCUGAAGAGAGUGAUCGCCCAGGCCUUCCUUGUAAAACUGAGCUUCUGGUAGCAUUGCAAGUUCAGGAUGAAUCCGAUAGACCAGCAGUAACCCCUUCUAAAGGACAAGAUGAUCCUUCUCUGAGAGUGAAGCUGUACAGAGAUCAGAUUGAGGUGGAGGAGGUGCUUACAUCAUUAUCCACCAUUGAAGUUAUAGCAGGAACCUCACUCAAACUUUACUGUGUUGCCCCUGACAACAAACACUGUGAGGGACAGUGGGUCAGAGAAAACAGUACCCUCCCAUGGACAAAAAAUGACACCGUGGUACAGUGGAGUUCAAUCAAAGCUGUGGAUGGUGGACGUUAUAGGUGUCAAGUAAAAGGCACUUGCACCAACCAGGUUAUCACUGUGGAAAUAGAAGUCAUCACAUCAGAUGAACACACCUGGGCCAAGAUUUUUGCAGCUUUUGCAGUGUCGGCAGUGAUUGUCCUGACAGCCCAUCUGGUAUAUUUGUGCUACAGAAGAGGGUGUAAGUUAAUGGAUCCAACUAAUGUAGCACAUGAAAGGGUUACUUCCAGAACGGGCGUGCUGAUGAGGCCAGUCGCUCAAGACACCCAGAGCGAUCAUGAAGUCCCUUAUGCUGACAUUGUGAUCUCUGUGAGAGGAUCCAGCAAUCCGGAUCUAUCGGACACCUUUAACCAGACUUCAAAGACCCAAAGACCUAGAUGGAGAGAGGAGGUCAGAGCAGGACUGCAUGCUUCAGCUGACAGACUGCACAUCCACUCUAAGGAGGUCACCAGGAAAUUAAGCACAACGUCUGAAUAUGCUGUAAUUACAUACUCCUGCGAGGCUCUUAGUUAGUUAUUUCAAGUAACUGUGAAUUUGGCCAAAUUUAAUUAAUUAAUUAAAUAUAAAAUAAAAAUAAAAGAAUAAUAUUUGGCAUAAAUAUUAGGAAAAUCUCUAGCUGUCUACCCAAUUUAUGCUUUCUUCAAUUAAAACAUGUAAAACUACUCAUGCAAAGUAAACAAGUAAACAAACAUUAAUUUUUAAUUAUUUUCAUUUUACUUUAUUCAAGUUAUUUUAAAUUGCGUGUUAACUGUAUAAAUGUGUAUGAUUGUAUAUAUUCUAUUGUAAUGAUUUGCCAAUGUAAAGCUUCU